CAAUAACAGUAUCAAAAAACGCUAGAGUGAGUGACCAUUUGUUGAGACCGUCAGUGAAAGCGGUUACACGCCUACACAGAAAAACAAAUCAUUCAUUAAUACUUUACAGUCAGUUGUUAAAUUAAUCUACCGAGGAUUAUCAGCCCGUGAACCCUCCGCAGGAGUCGAUAACCUCCUCAGUGUUUUUGAGCGAAAGGAUGAAGUAGUUUCUGUGGCUCCGGAGCUGAUCGCCAACUAACGUUACAGUAUGCGGCUUACUGGGAAUAUAUGACAAAUUCUGAUUUUAUUCUAUCCUGCAAGGAGAUUCACCCAUAGUUUGAUACAGAAAUGGUAUCGCUGACCAUUUUUUCUGUCUCUGGAUCUUUUUCAAACCACCUGAAUUUUCAUACUUGAGCAGGACUGUGUGGUUUUGGCACAUUAAUAUGCAAGCUCGAGGUGCAACAUGUCUUUGUGCAUGAAUGCUAGGCAAUCAUAACUGAUCUGGGGAACAACAAGGGGAAACUCCCCCUCGGAAGACUUCGGAACAAUGACCGGACCAAGCGCCACCAGCAGCGGCGGCUCAACGGCCAAGAUCAGCAGACACGGUCGGUCCAAGAGCACCAGUACCUACUGUCACACUACGGGUCCCGCUGCUGAAACCUCCUCGUCCACUGCCGCAAACAACACCGGUAGGUCGUCCGGUGAGGAAGACGAGAAAGACGGCGGGGUCCCGUUUUUCGUGAACAGGACGGGCUUUCCCAUAGACGGUGUCACCUGGGAGAGAAUGUGGUCGCACGUCACCAAAGUUCAUCCUGAUGGACAGGAGAUGGUGGAGAGAAUACGAAAUGCAACACACCUCCCAAAACACCCCGUGCCAUCAGUUCCAAACUUUAAGCCAUCGAUGUCUGUGCCUGAUUGGCUCCAUGCCGUCCAGAACUACAUGAGAAACCUGCAAUACAACCAUACAGGAACUCAGUUUUUUGAGAUUAAGAAAACCAGACCCCUGAGUGGGUUGAUGGAGACUGCCAGAGAGAUGAUACGAGAAUCACUUCCCAUCAAAUGCCUUGAAGCAGUUAUCCUUGGAAUCUACCUAACCAACGGUCUGACCUCUGUGGAGCGGUUCCCCAUCAGCUUUAAGACCCAGUUCUCCGGCCACCACUUCCAUCACGUGGUGCUGGGCGUUUACUGUAAUGGCCGCUACGGCACCCUGGGUAUGAGUCGGCGUGCUGACCUUAUGGACAGAUCUCUGAGCUUUCGUACACUCAGCGAGUUGGUGUUCGACUUUGAGGACUCAUACCGUCGCUACCAGCACACCAUGAAGAAGAUCAAAAUUGGCCUGUACGUGCCCCACAAUCCGCAUGUUUUCCAGCCUAUUGAGUGGAACUAUCUGGUGAUCAACGCCUGCAAGCAGGGCCGUGAAGACAUGCGCAAAGAGCUGGAGAAGCACGGCCGUGACAUGAGGAUGAAGAUCCUCAAGUCGUCCAGCGCUCAGUCUCCAAUUAAAGAACGAACCCGAGGCAAGUCUUUAUCACCACGCCGCCGAUCAGCCAGCAGUCCCCAAAGACGCCAACACGUCCACAGAAGAGACAAAUCGCCAGCAGCACUGGACAGAAAGCCAGCAGAGCUCAGCACCCUCAGUGAUGGCUACCAGAUCCGCAUCUGAGACACUACAGCACUGACGUAACAGCUUUAUCCUCCACACAUCCUCCCUCAGUCAGAUCCACCGAUGAUGUUUUUAAACACUAUUUAAUGCACAUUGUGAACUGUACAGUAUAUUAAACAUAUUUAUAGUUGUACUUCCAUGUUAGAGGUAAACUGGGUGCCCUUCUUAAAUUUAAAAGCAGCAGAAGUUCAAAAAAAUGUUUUAAAAAGAACAUGAUGUUCUUUUUCCAGCCAUAACAUUUUUAUUAGUGGAAAUUUUAAGUAGGAACCAAAAUCAGCUUUGCUAAAGAAUGUUUUACCCAAAUAAUUAUACCCCCCAAAAAUAUUCAAGCAUAUAUGGAAGAUGUGGGGGGAAGGCUGUAUUUUUAGACAGAAUCUUCACUAGCAGUGAGAGCUAGAGUGUGAAUGGAUUGUGUUUGGCAGAGAGAUGAAAACCUCGGUGCCUCGUGUUGUGGUGGUGGUAGUUUGAGGCUGACUGUCCCUUUUGUAGAAGAAGAGAAGGUUUUUUUUUUUUUUUUGCCAGAGAUGCAAGGACGCAAGGGACCAGAGCAUCAGAGAGCUACCCAUUCUGCCCACAAGAACUGUAUUCAAUCCAAUUUACUUCUUUUUUGUUGUUGUUGUUACCUGCACAGAGUCCCAAACACUCCUGAUGAAAUGGACAUGAUUUAUUGACUGAAGGUUUGAGGCUAACUUACAUUGAAGGCUUUGUACUGUUUUUUUUUUUUUUUUUUUUUCCUUUCUCAUAAAAAUAUCAUGGUUGCAGUUGUAGAGAAAUAGUUUUUUAUUUUUUUGUAUUAUUUAAAAAAUGUUUUUUCUUGUUUUUACCGGUUGUUUAACCAGUACAGUGUUUUGUGGUAUGUUUUUUUUCAUUUCAUUUUCUUUUUUAAAACAAAAUAACUCAGAGGUGUGAAGGUUGACGUGCUAUUAAUUGACCCAUCCCUUGCAAAUAAUUCUAAAAUUUCCACACAUUUGUUUGAAAAAUAAAUAUAUUUCUUUUUUUUUUUGCAGCGGCAUAGAUAUAAGGCUUAUCAGCUUGGCUAAUGAAUGAGUUAAGCAGAUAAGUGGGUUCUUACGGACCCCCUAAAGGAACAUGGUGAUGGGAAAAAAAUAUAUAUUUUUGUGUUAACCUGAAAAAAAAAUGUUGCUUUCCUCUGAGAAACUUUGCUGUGGGCGAAUGCAAAACUGGUGAUGGAAAUAAUAUGAAGUGGUAUUUCAAUGAUUUUGAUAGCGAACACAAAAGUUUCUUAGCGGAACACAAUACUUUUGCCACAAAACACAAAAGUUUCUUGGGCGAAUGUGAAAGCACUGAAAUAUAAUUUUUAUAAUAUGAAGUGUGAAAAAUAACUACAUUUUGAUGAUUUUGCUAGUGAACAGUUUCUCAGGGGAAUGCAAGACUUUUGCAACAGAACGCAAAAGGUUUGUGUUUAAAUGCAAAGUUUAUUAAGGAACGCAAAAACUUGCAAGAGAACGCAAAGUUUCUUCAGAAAAUGCAAAACUUGCAAAUGUUUUGCAAUUGAACAAUGCUUCUUGAGUGAAAGCAAAACUUGCAAAAGUGCAAAAAUUUUGCGAGUGAACGCAAUGUUUCUUGGGGGAAUGCAAAACUUGUGCGAGUGAACGAACGCAAAGUUUCUUGGGAAAAUGCAAAACUUUUGCGAUUGAACAACAUUUCUUGAAGAAAAGCAAAACUUUUGCAAGUGAAUGCAAAGUUUCUUGGGGGAAUGCUAAACUUGCAAGAGAGCACACAAUUUUGCGAGUGAACACGUUUCUUGGGGGGGGGGGAAGCAAAACUUGCAGAAGAGCGUGAAAAUUUUGCGAGUGAACGCAAAGUUUCAUGGGGGAAUAAAAAUUUGCAAAAGACCAAAUGUUUUGCGAGUGAACAAACACAAAGUUUCUUCAGAAAACGCAAAACGUGCAGAGAAUGCAAAUGUUUUGCGAUUGAACACAACGUUUCUAGAGUGAAAGCAAAACUUGCAAAAAAACGUGAAAAUUUUGCAAGUGAAUGCAAAGUUUCUUGGGGGACUGUGAAACUUGCAAGAGAACAUAAAAGUUUUGCAUGGGAAUGCAAAGUUUCUUGAGGGAACGCAAAACUUGCAAACAUUUUGCGAUUGAACAAUGUUUCUUCAGUGAAAGCAAAACUUGCAAAAGAGUGCAAAAAUUUUGCGAGUGAACGCAAUGUUUCUUGGGGGAAUGCAAAACUUGUGCGAGUGAACGAACGCAAAGUUUCUUGGGAAAAUGCAAAGCUUGCAAGAGAAUGAAAAAGUUUUGCGAUUGAACAACAUUUCUUGAAGGAAAGCAAAACUUUUGCAAGUGAACGCAAAGUUUCUUGGGGGAAUGCUAAACUUGCAUGAGAGCACACAAUUUUGCGAGUGGACACGUUUCUCGGGGGGAAGCAAAACUUGCAGAAGAGCGUGAAAAUUUUGCGAGUGAACGCAAAGUUUCAUGGGGGAAUGAAAAAUUUGCAAAAGACCAAAUGUUUUGCAAGUGAACAAACGCAAAGUUUCUUCAGAAAACUCAAAACGUGCAAGAGAAUGCAAACGUUUUGCGAUUGAACACAACGUUUCUAGGGUGAAAGCAAAACUUGCAAAAAAACACGAAAAACUUGCAAGUGAAUGCAAAGUUUCUUGGGGGACUGUGAAACUUGCAAGAGAACAUAAAAGUUUUGCAUGGGAAUGCAAAGUUUCUUGAGGGAACGCAAAACUUGCAAACAUUUUGCGAUUGAACAAUGUUUCUUCAGUGAAAGCAAAACUUGCAAAAGAGUGCAAAAAUUUUGCGAGUGAACGCAAUGUUUCUUGGGGGAAUGCAAAACUUGUGCGAGUGAACGAACGCAAAGUUUCUUGGGAAAAUGCAAAGCUUGCAAGAGAAUGAAAAAGUUUUGCGAUUGAACAACAUUUCUUGAAGGAAAGCAAAACUUUUGCAAGUGAACGCAAAGUUUCUUGGGGGAAUGCUAAACUUGCAUGAGAGCACACAAUUUUGCGAGUGGACACGUUUCUCGGGGGGAAGCAAAACUUGCAGAAGAGCGUGAAAAUUUUGCGAGUGAACGCAAAGUUUCAUGGGGGAAUGAAAAAUUUGCAAAAGACCAAAUGUUUUGCAAGUGAACAAACGCAAAGUUUCUUCAGAAAACUCAAAACGUGCAAGAGAAUGCAAACGUUUUGCGAUUGAACACAACGUUUCUAGGGUGAAAGCAAAACUUGCAAAAAAACACGAAAAACUUGCAAGUGAAUGCAAAGUUUCUUGGGGGACUGUGAAACUUGCAAGAGAACAUAAAAGUUUUGCAUGGGAAUGCAAAGUUUCUUGAGGGAACGCAAAACUUGCAAACAUUUUGCGAUUGAACAAUGUUUCUUCAGUGAAAGCAAAACUUGCAAAAGAGUGCAAAAAUUUUGCGAGUGAACGCAAUGUUUCUUGGGGGAAUGCAAAACUUGUGCGAGUGAACGAACGCAAAGUUUCUUGGGAAAAUGCAAAGCUUGCAAGAGAAUGAAAAAGUUUUGCGAUUGAACAACAUUUCUUGAAGGAAAGCAAAACUUUUGCAAGUGAACGCAAAGUUUCUUGGGGGAAUGCUAAACUUGCAUGAGAG